AUGGAUGGGGAAUGACAGGGGGAGGAGAUGAAGAGUAAGAUCAGAAAAGUGCAUAGUUCAAAAUGGUUUCAGUUCUGGUUUUAAACCUACGGAGUUUGCAUGACUGGUAUUAGAUGAUUUGUGGAAGACAUUUUGAAGAGGUAGGAAGAGACAAGUGCUUCCAAGGCUAUAGGAGAGGCUGAAUGCAACCCUCCAAGUCAAGCAACCAAAAGUUAAUGCAAUUACCAAGUAUUAAGAGCAGAGCAGAGACUAAUUCAAUCAGAGAGGCCAAAGGGAUAAUUCUUGGAGACAAAGCAAUGCAACACGGAAAUGCGGACUAAUCAACUGCUCUAUCAAAAGAAAAAGGAAACAAUUUCCAAGCCUUAACUAAUCCCCAGUUGGUUCUUCAUCUUUUCAGGGUUCUGGUUUUUGCUUUGCAGUGUUUGUUCCGUCUCACAUCUGUUUCACCGCUUCUGUUCUCUGCACAAAACUGUUUCUUUAGCUCCUGGCUCUUUGCUUUUAUCAAACGAGCUGCCUCCUCUCUUGGUUUUCAGCAACAAGCCUAAUCAUGAAAGAGAGUGCGUAGAGGGAAAUAUUAUAUUUAAUGUCCAAACGUACUUUCCAUAAUUAUGUGGAACAGUGGUUGAAUAAGAAUACCGAGUCACCUUGGGUCUGCUGGAUUUUUCCAAGCAGGUAUUUGCUCCAUCUCAUGGAAAGCAGCUGAUCUCUUCUGUGUAACCAAGACACUUACAGGUCUGUGGAGUAACAGGACCAGACUUCACCAGGUCUAAUGCAGUACAGGAGGGACUUUCGAAAAGCUACUGAGAUUUCUGCUUUCAUCUAAGCAGGUGCUGUUACCAUGACAGAUAAAAUGAGCUGGCACAAAGAAAAGAAGGAACUCACAGAAGAAAACACAGGAGAUGGGAAGCACAGCCGAAGAAAGCGAGAGCGACUAUUCAAGAAGAGAUUUUCUGGACUGAGCCUCUUCUCUGGGUCUCCUAAGAAUAAACUCCCUCAGGGAAGAAGUCAGCUUCAUGAAGACAAGAGAAGAUGCUUACACAGGAAAGGUUCCAAAAAGCUGAAGGCAGCGAGGGAAGAAAUAUGUUCUUUAAGGCAGCCUCACUCUGGGAAAAUGUGUCCAAAAUGUGAAAUCCUCGUCUGCCCAAAGUGCGAGACUCUGCACUCAGAACGGAGCUUCAUUGCCCACAGCCUGCUUGAUCACUAUGACACAGGAGACGCUGCCUGCAGAAAGUCAAGUACGCAGAGGUGAUUAAAGAUUUGCUGCGGAUGCCCUGUGGGUACCUGACUACAUCCAAAAUGCUGAAGCUUGGGUCCAUUCAGGGUGACUGGAUCACUGUCCCGUGC